ACCAUUUCACUUCUCUUGAUACAUCGGAAACCAUUUCUCUGGGGCUUAGAAAAUAAAAAUAGAGUAACGAAAAAAAAUGGAGCUCUGUCUAAAGGAAAGCUAAGAGAGAAACAAAGCAGGAAACGAGAGGGAGCAGAGUUGGACUCCUUCCUCUUUCUCCCCCCUCAAUUCCUCCUGGAAUCUAUUUCUAAUCUCCUUUUCUCCCUUCUGUCUACCAUGGCGUCUGGGUUCGUCUAGUUUUUAAAUUGGACGGAAAGAGCUUCAAUUGGACAAUCACUAUAAAGGCGUCAAGUCGUGAAUGGGGUCAGAGGAAGAAGAUAAAACACCACCAAAAUCUUCUAAACCUAAAUCAUCAGCUCAGGAGACACCAGCUGUGUCUUUAUAUCCUGAUUGGACAAGCUCUCCUCCGAGCACUCUUCUGGCUUAUUAUGGCUCUGGUGCUACACCUCCCUUCUUUCCAUCACCUGUUUCUUCUCAUGCUCCUCAUCCCUAUAUGUGGGGAGGCCAGCAUCCUCUACUGCCGCCUUAUGGGAGUCCUGUUCCAUAUCCUGCUAUGUAUCCUCCCGGGGCCGUCUAUACGCAUCCAAAUAUGGCAAUGGUCCCAAGUCAAAUGCAGGAAAAUGGAGACUCAGGUGCCAAAGCAUCCAAAGGGAAAAGAAAAGCUUCUGGGAAAAAAACUAAUAGAAAGUCCGGUAACAAGGCAGGAGACAUCCCAAAAGAAGUUUCUGGCUCGGGAUGUGAUGAUGGUACCACCCCAAGUAGUGGAGGUGAUGGCUCUACUGAAGACCCCAGUGAUGAGAACAAUAACAAUGAGUUAUCUGCUUCAAAGAAAGGAAGCUUUGAUCAGAUGCUGGCUGAUGGUGCCGCUCAUGCACAGAACAGUGCUGUUGUUUCUGUUCCUGUAACUAAUUUAAACAUAGGAAUGACUAUGUGGAACCCUUCAGCGCCCCCUGGAGCCAACAUAAUGCAACCAAAUCCCUCUAUGCUCUCACCGGUUGUGGUUCCCACUCCUGUUAUGGGGCAUGAAGGAAUGAUUACAGGACAUUGGAUGCCGGAUGAACGUGAACUGAAAAGACAAAAGAGGAAACAGUCUAACAGGGAAUCGGCUAGAAGAUCAAGGUUGCGCAAACAGGCGGAAUGUGAAGAACUGCAAAAAGCAGUUGGGACGCUGACCAACGAUAACCGCUCUCUCCGGGAUGAAGUGCAAAAGGUAUCUGAAGAGCGUCUGAAGCUGAGAGCUGAGAAUGAGUUUAUAAAGGAAGAAGUAAUGAAGAAGUUCGGUCCAGAUGCUGUGCCCAAGUUUGUGUUCAAUGAAACUAUGGCGGCAGAUAUCUCAGCUAACCCAAACUAAUAUAAGAUAAUUAACUUGUCUGUAAGGUAAAGUGUUACAAUUGGGGGGUGAGGUCCAAAGUCCUUGAGAAACUUGUCUGUUUAAUUAGGAACAAUUAGAUUUUAGCAAUGUUUGUUGUGGUAUAUGUCAAAUGACCCCUGUCCAACAUAUAUCAAAAUGUGUUGAUUUCGAUCAGAGGCGUCUUAGGUUUAUGUUGUAAAAGUAAACAAAAUGCUAUUGAUCAAAUUGAUCAGUGUUCUCUUUUUUAUUACAAAUAUAGAGUUUUUUCAGUACAAC